AUGCCAACUGCUCUUCCUUACCAUUUAAUGUGGUCUCCGCAUGAGAGAUCGAAUCUAUUUUUGGUUGGACUUAAUGGAGCUUCUAAUAGUGGUGAUUUAAGGUUAUAUGAAUAUAAUGAAUAUAAUCAAAAGGGAACGUGGGGUAUUAGAAGUGUUGGGGCAAUUUCGGAAAUUUCACUUAAUCAAUCACCAGCAUAUGCCACAUUACCAAGUCGACAUAGUUAUAAUCGAUCAUGUAAUCUUAUGACCUUUUCUCCGGAUGAUUCACGUUAUUUGGCAAUAGGAUAUGAAAGAUUAAGAUAUGAUUGUUCUUUACUUAUUUGGGAUAUUGAACAAGCAAAAAAUAUAAAUAAAUUUGCAGAAUCUAGAGCUGGAAUUAUUAAUAGUGGAUGGAAUGAUAGAAAUGUACAUAAUAAUAAUGAAUAUGGAAAUAUGAUGAUGGGAUAUGGAAAUAGAGGAAAUGGGGGAGUAAAUGCAAGAUCACAUCCUCAACCAUUAUCACCACGUCCUUUACCUUUAUCAAAUAGUCAAUGGAAUCGUAUAGAAGAAUUAAAGCCCCUAAAAUCAUAUGGAUAUAAUGAAAAUGUUGUUUCGUGUUCAUGGAUUCCAUUAAGUCCAAGAUUAGUAGCCGGAAUGGGAACAAAAUAUUUAAAAUUUUAUGACACGAGACAGGAAGUUCAUACUAAUUUAACGUACACAAAAGCUACUUACGGAGUGAAAGUAGAUCCUUAUAAUGUACAUCGAAUUGUUAGUUAUGAGGAAGGAAGUUUACUUGCUUCACUGGAAAAGGAUUCAAACCGAAUAAUGUUAUAUAAUGUACAAGAACAAGAGAAUACUUUUAAACUAUCAAAUAAUUCUCAUUUAUCAACAACAGCAACAUCAAUGAAUCGGAAUUUAUCAUUUAAUAGUAUCGAAUCAAUUAAUAACACUACUACUACUGCAGGGUUAAGUGAAGGAACAAUGACUACAUUAAAUAAAGAAGAUGAUUUUGAUACACCGAUUCUAUGGAAAUCUAGAAAAAAUGGUGGAUUUGAGAGAGUAUUCAUGGAUGAAGCACCCCAAUUUAGUUGGGAACCCCGAGGAAAUUUAACCAUUUUUGGAAAUGGAGGUAAAGAUAUAAAUGGUGAUAAUAUAAAUUUAUCACCAAAAGAUCCUUCUAAAAAGAAAUUUAAAACUAUUACAAUCCAACCAUCCAAAUCACGUGAUGAACUAUUUGUCACAAUUGAUAGAGAUAAUGAAUCGUCUCAUGAUAGUGAAACAUUGAAAGUAAUGGAAGAAGAUAUUUCUGUGGUGAUACGUAGAAGAGCUAAAUGUCAAUACUUUAUGAAUAAUGCAAUCUUAACUCCUAAAACGCCAUCACUUCAACCGCCACCAAUAUCUCAAUCACCAUUAUCAGAAAAAAUUGAUAUGAUUGAUUAUUCUGAUGAAAUUCCUACUGUUCCGACUACAAAAUUGGCACAAAGGAAAUUGGCUUUAACAGCAGGAUGGGCUCUAUUUCAUAGGGAAACUGAACGUGCCAUAGAAGCUUUGAAUAAUAGUAGAGAUGAAAAAUUGAAAUUAGUAUCAACUGCUCUUGCUGGAUUUUCUUUUAAUAAGAAUCAAGAUAAUCCACUUUGGCGAGAAAUGUGUAAACAAUUAAGUUUCGAAAUGAGGGAACCUUAUUUACGUGCUAUAUUCUCUUAUAUAUCUUCAGGGAAUUGGGAUAAUGUAUUAAAUGAUGAAGAACUUGAAUUACGAGAUCGAGUAGGAAUAGCAGUAAGAUUUAUGGAUGAUGAGAAGGAUCCCAGAGUUGAUCAAUGGGUUGAAAGUUAUCGAUCAUUAUUAGAUAAAUGGGAAAUGUUUCAUAUCCGAGCACAAUUUGAUAUAUUAAGAGGAAAAUUGAUGGAUACAUCAGCAGCAGAUAUUGCUCCACCUCAAGUAUAUGUUAGAUGUGAUAAAUGUAGUCAAAGCAUUGCACAUAAUCUUUUUAUUCCCGUAAAAGGAAAGAGUAUUGGUGUAUUAACUGGUUCUUAUGCUGUGAAUGGAGGAGGUUUUGCUAGACCCAAGAAAAGAUAUUUCAAUGAAUCAUGGAGGAUUUAA